AUGCGCAACAUACGGCCAGCCGAGAGCAUCUACUUCUCGCAGAGCAUGCCGCCGGUUCUCGCCUGCCUCUCGCUGCCCGACACGGAGCGCUAUCUCGAACGGAUGGGUCUCCCUGCCGCACUCGCCUCUGAACCUCCCUCGCUCGAUCUGCUCUCGCGGAUCCUCAUGGCGCACCAUCUCAACAUCCCCUACGACUCGAGCGCGAUCCACGUCGGACCGGAGGAUUGGCGAGGGCCCAACAAGGAGAUCACUUGGCGGAAAGGUCCAGGAAUGGAGAUGGGCGCUCGUGGCAACUUCGACAGGGUGGUUCUGCGACGCAACGGUGGGUAUUGCUACGCUCUGAACCAAUUGGCUGCGUCGCUACUGCGAGGCUUUGGCUUCCGAGUGAGCGAGGUUGGCGCGCGAGUGUUCCUGCAUCGAGGGAAGGAUCCCCAGGAGGUGGGACACUGGUGGAGCCACACAACUCACAUGGCGCUGAUCGUCGACUGGGAGGGCUCGGAUGGAAGAUGGUUUCUCGAUGUUGGAUUUGGCGGCGGCGGCUCCCCUAUCCCCAUACCGCUCCGGGACGGCGCGACUUCACCCUCGCUUUCCCCGAGCGAAUCCUUCUUGCUGCGCGAGGAGCCGAUCCCGCUCGGCGAGCUCGCCGCAACAACGCACGACGCCUAUCUAGGCUGGACGCUGUACCGCCGAGUGGUCGACGCGGGCGUCACCAUUCCCGAUCCUGCGAAAGCCGGCUCAGGUCCCGGCCACUGGACGCCUUGCAUCCACUUCACGCUCGCCACCGUCUCGCCCGAAGACAUCCUCGCCGGUGACUUCUACAACUCUCGACACCCACAAGCGCCCUGGGCAAACAUUCUCAUCGCCUCUCGACUGCUGCCGAAUGGCGCUCGACGAACCAUCUGCCACGGCAUCCCCGCGAUUGAUGCUGGCGCGCCGCAGGACGGACGCAAGUAUGCGAAGGUCUAUUCGAAGGAGGGCAUCAAGGGAGUAGAGUACGAUGUUGAGUGGGUCCUGUUCGAGACGCAGCCGGUCAGGGUGGUCCUCGAGCGAGACUUUGGCUUUCAGUCCCAGUAG